CACACACACACUCAUGCUCCUUCCCCCCUUGCCUUAGGAAGAUUUCGUCUUUUCUUUAAUGGAAAUAAAAACACAUUUACAUCCUGAGCAAAACUGCAAGUUUACAACUCUGGGGUACACCUGCAGAACCUGCAGAACCUACAGAACCAACAGAACCUAGAGGACCUUGUACAGAACCUGGUUUUCAUGAAGGAAAGGAAAGCUUCUUGCAGGAUAUUCAGUCUGACUGCUAACUGUAGCUGAAGAUCCGCUGUGUGACGUCACACAUCUGUCCUAAACGUCACAACCCUCCUGGAUUUGAAGGGAAAUAGUUUUUAAUAAAGCGUGCGAAGCUGCUGUCUACGUGGACCGGUGCUGAAGUCUCGCGCCUCACGGCCAAGAGGAGCUCGAGCUCAGCCAAAACACGAGAAAUGUCGACAAACGGCGCUAAAACCGCCACGAUGGACGGACAGGUGGCGAUGGAGCUGAACGAGGUCACGACCCACGACAGAUCCAAACCAGAGGAGGUACAGGAGGAACGCAAUGACGACAAUAAGAAAAAGAAGAAGGAUAUUCCUGACAGGGAAACAUGGGGGGGAAAGUUUGACUUCCUGUUGUCUUGCGUCGGAUACGCCAUCGGGCUCGGGAACGUCUGGAGAUUCCCGUACCUGUGCGGAAAAAACGGCGGAGGGGCCUUCCUGAUUCCUUACUUCCUGACCCUGAUAUUCGCCGGAAUGCCGUUGUUCCUCCUCGAGUGUGCGCUCGGUCAGUACACGUCCAUCGGCGGGCUCGGAGUGUGGAAACUGGCGCCGAUGUUUAAAGGAGUCGGCCUCGCCGCAGCCGUGCUCUCCUUCUGGCUCAACAUUUACUACAUCGUGAUCAUUGCUUGGGCUUUGUACUACCUGUACAACUCCUUCACCACUGACCUUCCAUGGAAAUCCUGUAACAAUCCAUGGAACACAGAGAGAUGUUUCACAAACUACAGCAUUGCAGACACCACCAACCUGACCAGCGCCGUAUUGGAGUUUUGGGAACGCAACGUACAUAACAUCACCGACGGUUUGGAGAAACCGGGGCAGAUCCGCACGCCGCUAGCAAUAACUCUGGCCAUCGCCUGGGUCCUCGUCUACUUCUGUAUCUGGAAAGGUGUUCGGUGGACUGGAAAGGUUGUGUAUUUCUCAGCCACCUAUCCCUACUUCAUGUUGUUUAUUCUGUUCAUCCGCGGAGUCACGCUUCCAGGAGCGAGGGAUGGAAUCCUGUUCUACAUCACGCCUGACUUUGAGAAGCUCAAAGAGUCGGAGGUCUGGCUGGACGCCGCCACUCAGAUUUUUUUCUCGUAUGGUUUGGGGCUCGGCUCUCUGAUCGCACUCGGCAGUUACAACCCCUUCAACAACAACGUUUACAGAGACUCGGUCAUCGUGUGCUUUAUAAACUCCUCUACCAGUAUGUUUGCUGGGUUCGUCAUUUUCUCCAUCGUGGGUUUCAUGGCUCACGUGACUAAGAGGCCGAUAGCCGACGUAGCCGCUUCAGGUCCAGGCUUGGCGUUUUUAGCGUACCCCGAAGCCGUGACGCAGUUACCCAUCUCUCCACUGUGGGCCAUCCUCUUCUUCUCCAUGCUGCUCAUGCUGGGAAUCGACAGCCAGUUCUGUACAGUCGAAGGCUUUAUCACCGCUCUGGUGGACGAGUUUCCAGCAGUCCUGAGGAAGAGGCGCGAGAUCUUCAUCGCGUGUGUGUGCGUCGUGUCGUAUAUAAUCGGCCUCUCAAAUAUCACACAGGGCGGCCUUUACGUCUUCAAACUCUUCGAUUAUUACUCCGCCAGUGGCAUGUCUCUCCUCUUCCUGGUUUUCUUCGAGUGUAUCUCCAUCUCAUGGUUUUACGGUGUGAAUAAGUUCUACAGUAACAUAGAGGAGAUGAUCGGAUAUAAACCCUGCCUAUGGUGGAAACUCUGCUGGGUGUUUUUCACUCCUCUGGUCGUUGCAGGAGUGUUUCUGUUCAGCGCCGUCCAAAUGGUUCCUCUCAAAAUGAAUAACUACGUGUUCCCAGCGUGGGGUCAGGGCGUCGGCUGGCUCAUGGCCCUCUCCUCCAUGAUCCUCAUCCCAGGAUACAUGGUGUACCUGUUCCUCAGCAACAGGGCGAAAUCUAAAGAGGAUGGAAAGUCAGAGCGAUCUCAGGAGAACAAGGCUGAACCACAGCAGCAACUGGGUGAAAAUGCCAUCAGUGUGUACCCGAGCAACGCACACACCCCGAACCGAGAGCAAUCACCGAGCGCAUAAACGCCCCGGACCAAGAGCAAUCACAGAGCAGCAGCUCAGAGGACUUCCAUCUUUCUACAGUAAUAGAGUCAUCUACCUCCAGGGGCCAAUUACCAUCCAAUCUUAUAAUAAUAAUAAUAAUAAUAAUAAUAAUGUGGAACCGUUUGUUUGUUUUUGCCUGUUGCAGGUGUCAGUGUAGAGGUUAGAAUGUGAAUGCAAAGUGUGUAAGUGUAAAAAAAAAAAAAAACAGGAAUUGUAUUUUUAAAAAGCGUUCUGUACGCAAGUAAAUCUGUUGAUCGUGUUGAACCCGUGUGUAAAAUCACAGAAGGUCCGUCCAGGCUGACGUGCGAUAACGGCAUUUUUAAUGUGCACAAUAUUACUAUCACUUUCAUCAAGUUUCAGCAAUUUUUUAUACGUUUAAUAUUUUCUGUAGAUUUUUAUGCAUUUUAUUUAUUUUUUUACUUAUUUAUUAUUACUUUUUGUUUUUCAGCAUUUAAUUUAGUGUUUUUUUGCAUUUUUCAGUAUUCUUUU